UGUCAGUCAGUCGGGCGGCCGGGCGCUGGCGGCAGGAUGGGGAGCGCCGACUCCAAGCUGCACUUCAGGAAGGCGGUGAUCCAGCUCACCACCCGGACCCAGCCAGUGGAGGCCACUGAUGAUGCUUUCUGGGACCAGUUCUGGGCUGACACAGCUACAUCCAUCCAGGAUGUGUUCACCUUGGUGCCAGCAGCUGAGAUAAGAGCAGUCAGAGAGGAGUCGCCCUCCAACUUAGCCACCUUGUGCUACAAGGCUGUUGAGAAGUUGGUCCAAGGAGCAGAAUCGGGUUGUACAAGUGACAAGGAGAAGCAGGUUAUGAUAAACUGCACCCAGCUGCUGACUCGCAUCUUGCCGUACAUCUUUGAGGACCCAGACUGGAGAGGCUUCUUUUGGUCGACGGUCCCAGGAGCAGGACGUGGAGGGGCCUGCGAAGAUGAUGAGAAUGCUCGACCUCUGGCUGAGUCGCUGUUGCUCGCUAUCGCUGACCUGCUCUUCUGUCCUGAUUUCACCGUCCAGAGUCACAGGAAGCCUGGGCCGGAGACUGCUGAGGACCUUCACUCUCUCGACAGCUGUGAGUACAUCUGGGAGGCCGGUGUGGGCUUUGCCCAUUCACCUCCUCACAGCCACAUCCAUGACAUGAACAGGACAGAGCUGCUGAAACUGUUGCUGACCUGUUUCUCCGAGGCCAUGUACCUUCCACCCACAUCUGAGGGGAAUGUUCUCAAUCCCUGGGUCCAGUUCUUCUGCUCAACAGAGAACCGACAUGCAUUGCCGCUGUUUACGUCACUGUUGAACGUUGUAUGUGCCUACGACCCUGUUGGCUAUGGGAUCCCAUACAACCACCUGCUCUUCUCUGACUACCGGGAGCCCCUGGUGGAAGUGGCUGCCCAGGUUCUCAUCGCUACCCUGGACUAUGAUGCCUCCACCAGCCUGAGUCCGUCAGUGGAUGGGACCACAACAAGUACCGCCAUGGAUGACACAGAGCCUCCUGGUCCUGAGAAUCUGUUUGUCAACUACCUUUCCCGAAUCCACAGAGAGGAGGAUUUUCAGUUCAUUCUGAAGGGCCUUGCUCGCCUGCUCAACAAUCCCCUGCUACAGACUUACUUACCCAACUCCACCAAAAAAAUCCAGUUCCACCAGGAGCUGCUGGUCCUCUUCUGGAAACUGUGUGACUUCAACAAAAAAUUUCUUUUCUUUGCGCUGAAGAGCAGUGAUGUCCUGGAUAUCCUGGUGCCCAUCCUGUAUUACCUGAAUGACGCCAGGGCUGACCAGUCACGAGUGGGUUUGAUGCACAUCGGGGUCUUCAUCCUCCUGCUUCUCAGUGGAGAGCGUAACUUUGGUGUCCGACUGAACAAACCUUACUCGGUUCGUGUGCCCAUGGACAUCCCGGUAUUCACUGGAACACAUGCCGACCUUCUUAUCGUUGUAUUUCACAAGAUCAUCACAAGUGGGCAUCAGCGUUUGCAGCCUCUGUUUGAUUGUCUGCUCACCAUUGUUGUUAAUGUCUCUCCGUAUCUGAAGAGUUUGUCCAUGGUUGCUGCAAAUAAACUUCUGCACCUACUGGAAGCCUUCUCUACAACAUGGUUCCUGUUCACAGCCUCUCAGAACCACCACCUGGUCUUCUUCCUUCUGGAAGUUUUCAAUAACAUCAUCCAGUACCAGUUUGAUGGGAAUUCAAACCUGGUAUACGCCAUCAUUCGGAAGCGCAAUGUCUUCCACCAGCUCGCCAAUCUCCCGACUGACCCUGCUGCCAUCCAGAAAGCCUUACAGAGGAAGAAGAAAUCAGCUGAGCCCAUCUCACGGACUAACUCACAGGAGGGAGUGUCCAUGGAAGGAUCACGGCCGGCAGCUCCUGCAGAGCCAGGCACUUUGAAGACCAGCCUUGUUGCAACCCCAGGUAUCGAUAAGCUUACAGAGAAAUCACAGAUCUCGGAGGAUGGGACGCUGAGCCGUGUGGAUCAGGGUCAGGCUCAGACUGAGGACGGUAGUCUUGCAGUGACCAGCGACACUGAAUCGUCAGGCGGGGUUUGUGAUGUUCAGGGAGAUGCAGUUGCCUGCCAAGCAGUAUGGGAGACAAUUCCACCGAACUCAGAGAGGAGAAGGAAGCCAUCGGGCCUUUCGUCGAGCCAUCACUGGUCACCAAGCCCCGAAUGGGUGAUAUCAUGGAAAUCAAAACUCCCGCUACAAACAAUCAUGCGGCUGUUGCAGGUCCUGGUUCCACAGGUGGAGAAGAUCUGCAUUGACAAAGGUCUGACAGAUGAAUCGGAGAUCCUCAAGUUCCUGCAGCACGGCACGCUUGUGGGAUUACUCCCAGUGCCACAUCCGAUCCUCAUUCGCAAGUACCAGGCCAACUCGGGCACCGCAAUGUGGUUCCGGACCUACAUGUGGGGGGUCAUUUACCUGAGGAAUGUCGACCCACCCAUCUGGUAUGACACUGACGUGAAGCUCUUUGAAAUUCAGCGGGUUUAAGGAACCAAACUGGAUUUGAGCAAAUAUUUCAGCCAAAUUUCUUUUCCACUUUAAUUCUCAUUCCUGCCUCUGUCCACACUGACCUUCCCUUUCCCCGGUGCUUGCUGCUGUGUACUGCCUCUUCCCUGGGCACAGCUCUUCUCAUCCCUGACCCCGCCACUCCCCUUCCGCUCACUGAGCUGGGACUCCACCAGCUUCCCACCCUGAGGCAGACCCCUCCCCUCCCACACUGACGGUUGUGGCUGCCCCAGCACUGAGCUGCAUCCUCCUCCUCAUGACCUUUGCUUGCCACAGUUCUCCCUGGACAGUCUGUCUGCUCACGCUGGUUAAUGAGAGGCAGCGGCUUGUUGCUGCCCUCUUGUCCUUGGCUUCAGAGAACUUUACAGCCACCAAAGUCCAUCUCAGCAGCACAGUGGCCGCCAGCUGUGACAAGAAUCCCCCCCAGAGGCUCACCCUCCACCGCUCUGCACUGGAACGUGCUUGCAAACGUUGACGGGGAUGGUGAAUGCCAGAUGAUUUCCAUGGACACUGGAGGCUGAAGAUACCUGCUGGUGGCUGCGCCUUCAACAGGCUCGUCUGACAUCCCUAUUUAAGGAGAGGUUGAACAGUUUGAAACGGGAGGGUGUUACAUCUGCCUGUGGCUGUAGGUGGGCAGACUGCCAGUGGCGCCCUGGUGUGGGCGUUCACUGACUGGCCGCAUGGUUGUUCGGGUUACAUGGGUGGCAGUCGGUGUUGGAGUGUUUCCCGGCUGUGUCUGAGGGAGAAAAUCGCAGCAGCAACAGAAAACCAGAGUCAUUAUGUAAAUCAGUGUUUGAUUCCAGCCUGAGUGUGUUCUCUUUCCCCAUGUUAAUGCACGGUAACUCACCUCCCUGUCCAUCUCUCGGGGGUGUGGUAUUGUGUGAAUCACGGUAAAACAGCCCGUGUGUGCCUCAGCCCAUCCCCUCGAGCAGCUUUGUACAGUUGUGAAAUGUCUCCACUGAUACCACUGGAAUAUAUUGAGUCCUGAGAGUUUGUUGCUGAAGCCCAGUAAAUGCUUUACAUUGCAGGCUUUACUACAGCGUUAGUUUGCUGCAGGGAACACGGUGCAUGUUCAGAGGCUGAUGCCCUUAGCUCCCCCAUUAUCAGUGUUCCCACCCAUGAUACGAGCUCAGAGCAGGCUCAGAAGAUGUGGCCCACUCACCUCUGGCCAGCCUGCACCCUCUUCCUCCUCCCCCUCGUACUCCCUCCUCAUCCUCCCCCUUGUACUCCCUCCUCCCCUCCCCUCAUACUCCCUCCUCCCCCAGUGACUAGGUGUUGGGUGACCUGCUACUGCUUGCUCUCCUGUCCUCUGCAGAGGCCGUUACCUUCGCCAGUUCAACACAAGCCCAGUGUUUGGGUGUUUCCCCAGCUCAUGUGGACACAGAAUGAUUCUUGCAGACAGAUCAUUCAGCCCGUCGUAGCUUUGCUAUCUGACCCCGCUUUUCCCCAUUUUCUUGCCCUGUGGAAUUGUAUUAUUGACUCUCCCUCCACCGUCCUUUUAACCUCUCAUCUUUUGGGUAAAAGUCUGCUCAUUUUAUCUUUGGUUUAUUACCAAUUAUUUUAAGCAUUUUAACAUGCUCCUCCAUGAGUGAGAUCCAAAUGACUACAACACCCCUUCAUUUAGCUGCUGUAUGCUGUAAGUCCGCAUUUGGACAACACUAACUGCAAUGUUAAAAACACUGAGACCGUUCUGAAAUGUAUUUACAGAAACGAUUGCCUUCUGACACUGGAUGUACUGUAAGUUGCAUUCUUUUAGUGCCGUCCCACACUACUCUUUCACAAAAGCUUGGAUUAUCUGAAAUUGUUUCUGGUGUACUGUUGCAGGGACUGUUCCACCCAGUUAGGUGGGUGAGUACCCUGCCCAGCAGGAGCUGAAUUGUAUACAGUUGGAAUGUCCUUAGUUUCAUCACUAGUUUACGCUGUUAACUGGACUCAAGAUCCUCGACUAGCGAGGUGAGAAAUUGAUUCUGAUUUAUAGUCGGUAAUUGGGCCACCCACAUGAUAUGACUAAUCGCUGCUAUAGGCAGCACCUUCAGGCUGUCCCUGCCCCAGGAGUGUGUGACAGGACAAUGUAGAGGGAGCUUCACUCUGUGUCCUAGCACAUGCCCUGGGAGUAUGUGACAGGACAGCAUAGAGAGAGCUUCACUCUAUGUCUGACCUAGGGAAUGUGUGAUGGGAUGGUGUAGAGGGAGCCUGUCUAGCCUGCCAGUCCCUGCCCUGGGAGGUUUAAAUGCAAACACUGACUGGAGUGGAAAGUGCCCCAUUCACCAAUGUUGACAUCCAUUAUCACACUAAACAGCCGAAGAUUUAAAAGAUUUUAAUAUAUUUCUAUUGGGAAUUGGUUCCUACGUCGCACAGGAACAUUAACUGUGCUGUGGUGUAUGGUGAUAUUUAAAUCCACUGAGUUACCUGAAUCUGUGCCUGAUGUUAACAGAUAUGUGAUAGCACUUUAGAAAGUACUUUGUUAUUGUAAUGUAAGGAAUCUUAAAGGGGAAGGGUCCUCUACAGGUAGCUGCAUUAAAUUUACUUGCCUAUAGAAUUACUUUUCUCUUUAAGGACCUAAUAUCGAUCUAUCUUUGUCUAUUUUGUUUGCCUGGUUACACUGUUCUUAUUUAUAUUGUUUCUAAGUGGUGAUAUCUGUUCUCUACAUGUGAAUCAUUUGCAAACUGUUGGUAAUAUUUAAAAAAAAUAAAUUCUUCAGAGAGUGCAAUGC